AGUGUUUCCAUUCGCUGCUGGUUUCACACAGUUUACAGGCAGCGAGGCCUAGCUAUGGCGGACAUGGAAGACCUUUUUGGUAGUGAACCGGAUUCUGACAACGAGCAGAAAGGUUCUUACUCUGGUUCAGGAUCUGAUUCAGAACCAGAGAAUGCUGGAUCGGCGAGUAACCGCUCUGGAAGUGACAGUGAGCAAGAUGAUGAACAUGAUGGUCAUACAGCAGUAAAGCCAAGCAACAAAGAGCUAUUUGGUGAUGACAGUGAGGAUGAAGGUGGCUCACAACAUAGUGGUAGUGACCAUCGUUCUGAAAGGUCAGACAAUGGGUCUGAUAGGGUAGUUCAUUCUGAUCAAGAAGAAAAUGAUCAGUCAGAUGUAGAGCAGCACAGUGGCUCAGAAGCUCAUCAUGAUGACGACAAUGAUGAUGAAGCAGGACAUAGAUCGGAUCACAGUAGCCAUCAUUCUGAAGCAGAAGGCUCAGAAAAAGAUGCACAUUCAGAAGAUGAGAAAUGGGAUAGGGAGGAUAAAAGUGAUCGUUCUGAUGAUGAAGAGGAAAAAGUUCAACACUCUGAGGAGGAGCCUCAACAUUCAGAUGAUGAAGAUGGUCAUCAGCUAUCAGAUGUUGAGGAGCAUGAAAACCAUCAUUCAGAUGAGGAGGAGCAAAUGCAACAUUCAGAUGAUGAGGAGAAUGAGCAUCAGCGGCGUUCUGAUGACGAGGAACAGACUCAACAACACUCUGAUGAUGAGGAACAAGAGCCUCCACAUUCAGACGAUGAACAAGAUCACCGUCGACAUUCAGAUGAUGACAGACCGCUUUCAGAUGAUGACCGUCAACAUUCAGAUGAAGAAAAUGAGCACAGGCAGUCGGAGGAUGAAAUUAGGCAAAAUUCAGAUGAAGAAGAGCAUAAACGUCAACAUUCUGAAGAUGAACAGCAUUCAGAUGUAGAAGAACAUGAGCGCAAAUCAGAAUCUGCGAAAGGCAGUGACAGCGAAGAGGAAAUCGGUCGGCAGCGGCGCAAGAAGGCCAUUGCCUCAGAUUCUGAAAUGGAAAGUGAUGGUGAUGAACCCAAAGCAAAUAAAGAUGCUAGUGAUCUUUUUGGAGAUGCAGAUGACAUUUCUUCAGGCAGUGAUGGGGAAGAGAAACCUGCAACACCAGGUCAACCUAUGGAUGAUGAUGUAAUGGAUCAGGGACAGCAAGAAGAAGAAGCUGCUCCAGAAACGAGGAUAGAAGUUGAAAUUCCAAAGGUCAACACUGAUCUGGGAAAUGACUUGUAUUUUGUUAAACUUCCCAACUUUCUCAGUGUUGAGCCAAGACCCUUUGAUCCUCAGUAUUAUGAAGAUGAGUUUGAAGAUGAAGAAAUGUUGGAUGAAGAAGGUAGAACAAGGUUGAAAUUAAAGGUUGAAAACACAAUAAGGUGGAGAGUACGUCGUGAUGAAGAGGGAAAUGAUAUCAGGGAGAGUAAUGCAAGGAUCGUCAAAUGGUCUGAUGGCAGCAUGUCACUACAUUUGGGGAAUGAAGUUUUUGACGUAUACAAAGCUCCACUCCAGGGGGACCACAACCAUCUCUUUAUCAGACAAGGCACAGGUCUGCAGGGCCAGGCUGUGUUCAAAACCAAACUCACAUUCAGGCCUCAUUCCACAGACAGCGCCACUCACAGGAAGAUGACACUGUCACUUGCAGACAGGUGUUCUAAAACUCAGAAGAUUCGAAUUCUACCAAUGGCAGGACGUGAUCCAGAAUCACAGCGGACAGAGAUGAUUAAGAAAGAAGAGGAGCGAUUAAGAGCAUCAAUCCGCAGAGAGUCCCAGCAAAGGAGAAUGAGGGAAAAGCAGCACCAACGUGGCCUCAGUGCAAACUACCUUGAGCCUGAUCGCUAUGAUGAUGAAGACGAAGGAGAGGAGUCUAUAAGCUUGGCAGCCAUCAAAAACAGAUUCAAAGGUGGAACAAGAGAGGAACGAGCACGUAUCUAUUCUUCAGACAGCGAUGAAGGUUCAGAUGAUGACAAAGCUCAGAGACUCCUUAAGGCAAAGAAGCUUAAUAGUGAUGAUGAUGAAGAGGAUGGGGAUAUGGAGGACGGUGAACCUUCUGCAAAGAGGAAGGCGGAAGAUGAUGAUAAAGCAAAUAAAAAACAAAAGAAAUAUGUGAUCAGUGAUGAAGAAGACGAAGAUGAUGAUUUAUAGCAUUAUAUAAUGUUUUAUAUGUUGUACAGUAUAAGCUGAGAUGUAGCGGUUGGGUAUUUUGAUUGUGUAUAAAAUAAAUCUAUACAAAUUUUGAUUGAA